AUGUCAUAUGGAAUUUUGCCUUGUACACAAGAUCAUCAUUCUCUGCACCAGCUGGUACCUGUUUUAAAUUAUAAGAAUCUACAUAAUAAAGCUGUUGCCUUUACAAGGAUAUUUCAUUAACAGUCGAAGU